AAGGACCACCACCACCGGAUAUGAACGACGGGGUUGCUGCACCACGUGUUGCGACAACGAAGAAGAAGAAGAUGAUGGGAAGGGGAGGAGGGAAGAAGGAGGAAGAAGGGGAGGGCAAGGAGCAGAGGAGCAGGAAGGGAGGAGACGGUGUGGUGAAGGGGGUGAUGGCGAAGGAACACAAGAGCAAGAAGGACGGAAAGAAGAAGCACAAGCAGCAACAGCAGAAACAACAGAAGCAGGACCAGCAGGAGAUGAAGACGAAGCAGACCAAGAAGGGCAAAGGUCAGCCAGAAGCUGGUGGGAAGAAGACCGUCACGAAGAAGCAGGAGAACGGGCAAGCAGCAGCGAACAACGAGACAGCAAAGCGGAAGAAGAAGAAGACGAAGAAGGGAGCGAGUGAGAUUGACGACAUCUUUGCAAGUGCCGCCGCAAGCAAGAAGACACAAGACGCCAAGGAUGCAGGUUCGCAAGACGGGAGCAAAGGCAAGGGCAAUGGAAAGGUGCCCUCAUGGACAAACAAACUCAGGGCCAACGAUGAGGACGACUUUAGCGACAGCCAAGGGCUGCGCAAAAAGAAGCGAAAGAUGAUUGAUGGCCUUCGGGUGUACACAUAUGAGGAACUUGGUAUUCGCGCAGAUAGCGGAGGCACACCCGACUGCCCAUUUGACUGCAAGUGCUGCUUCUAAUCGCACCGCCCAUGAACACGUGGACAUGCGCGCGCGUGUGUGUGUGUGUGUUUGUGUUUGUGUGUGUGCAUAUGUGUACAUAUGUGUGUGUGUGUGUGGGGGGGGGCAUUGCUGGUGAAGGAGGCAGUCAAGGCUUGGUUGUGUAAUUUGGGUCGUUAGUACAGAGUGCUCGCAACCAAUGCACUCGCACACACAGUGACAUGAAACAGAGACAAGAACACAGACAGUGGGUGGAAGAGCCAACCACCAGUCUAGACGCAUGCACAUGCACAUACACCAACAGACCACAUUGUUGAAUGUGCACACCAUGCAACAACAACAAAAACAGCAACGCA